AUGAAAUCUAUGUUUUGCUCCAGACACUGGUGUGAACAUGUGGUGGAGGAGAGAGUGGAACAAGUUCUGUCCCCACGCCUGCAGCUUGAAGUGAGUUGUUCUGAGGUGUAUCAGUUUAACACCCAAGGCUGGAGGCUGGAUGUGGACAGGAUGCGUAUCAUGCACGGGGGAGAUGAUGGCAUUGCAUUUUACUACAAACAGCAGGGCCCCAAGGCGUCCUGUUUCCUAUACAAACCCCCGGAGAUGGAGAGCCAGAUAGUGAACAAGACAGUGAGGGCAUGCUGUGAGGGCUGGGGGGGACCACGCUGCUCCGAGGCUGUGGGUGUGCGUGGUCAGUGUUACUCUACGUGGAGUUGUGAGGAGUUCCCUGGAGUUCAUAACUCCUCCUUGAUGCAAAUGGAGCAGUGCUGCAGCAGCCUGUGGGGACUGAGCUGGAGGAACGCCUCCGACCAGACCUGCUUGUCUUGCACCUACACUCUUCUUCCUGACUCCCAGUCCUCCCCUCUGGUGCGUAGUGGUCUGCUGGGUAGUGUCAGGGUGCCUCAGAGCUCGGCCACCUGCAUGUCCUGGGGUGGAGCCCACUUCCGCACUUUUGACAGGAAGCACUUCCACUUCCAGGGAAGCUGCACUUACCUGCUGGCCUCAUCUACCGAUGGCACCUGGGCGGUCUACAUCAGCACAGUCUGUGACGGGAGAGGAGACUGCAGUAAGGCUUUGCGGAUGAUGCUGGGUCUAGAUUUGGUUUCAGUUCAUCACAGGAACUUAACACUGAACAGCGUCCCUGUUCCAAAUGGAAAACCACUCUUCCAAAAUGGAGUGAGCAUUCAUUGGCUUGGAGACUUUGUGUUUGUGGAGAGCGGCCUGGGGGUCCGAGUGAAGUUUGACCUGACCAACACAGUCUACCUGACAGUCACCGCCGAGCACCUGGCAGCCACCAGGGGGCUUUGUGGGGUCUACAACAACAACGUUGACGAUGAUUUCACCACAGUGGGUGGAACUGUGUCCCAGUAUGCUGCCAGUUUUGGCAACUCAUGGAGAGUUCCUGACCAGCAGAAUGAAGCCUGCAGCGAUGCGGCCGAGCUCGGUCACAGCUGUGAUGUCUCGGCAGACCCGGCCCUUCGCAGGCAGGCAGAGUCUGUGUGUCACCGUCUGCUGGAAAGCCCCUUCACACAAUGCCACCUCCGGUUGGACCCAACAGCGUACGUAGACACGUGUCUCUACCUGUACUGUAGCCGGACACCCAAAGAGAGGGACUCUGCAGUGUGUGACACUAUGGCCAGCUAUGCCCGAGAGUGCGCCCAGCAGCACGUCAUCAUAACGUGGAGGACAGCCACCCUUUGUGCUCGUGUGUGUCCCAGAGGUCAGGUGUUUUCAGACUGCGUGUCCUCCUGUCCCCCCAGCUGUGCGUCUCCCCAGUCCCCCGGGCCUGCUGCAGCUAUGGGACAGUGCAGGGAGGAGUGUGUGGGGGGCUGUGAGUGUCCUCCAGGCCUCUAUCUUCACCAGGGACUCUGUCUAAAAAGAGACGACUGUCCUUGUUUCCAUCGCAGACUCACAUACCAGUCGGGUGACAGGAUACAGCAGAGAUGCAACACCUGUGUGUGCAGAGCCGGCCAGUGGCAGUGCACCGGGGAGAAGUGCGCAGCCCAAUGCAGCCUGAUGGGGGCGCUACAGGUGACCACCUUUGACAAAAAGAGGUAUUCUCUACAGGGAGGAGAUUGUCCUUUCACUGCUGUGGAGGACUUUGUUGACAGAAAGUUGGCGGUGAGCGUGCGCUGUGGAGAGUGUACAGUGGCAGGAAGAGGAGGAGGUGGAGGAGGAGGCCUGGGAUGUCUAAAGGAGAUGUCAGUCACAGCACUCCGCACCACAGUCAUCAUCACAGACGCCGGUAUCGUGACGCUGAAUGGCCAGAGGGAGGUGUUGCCUGUGGUGACGGGGGACCUGAUUGUACACAGGGCCUCUUCUUCAUUUCUCCUCAUCCAGACUUUCGGAGCCCAGCUGCUAUGGCACCUAGAGGGACCUUUGGUCCUCGUCACCCUGCAACCUGGUUUUGCAAACAAGGUACGUGGCCUGUGUGGAACGCUGACCUGGAACCAGCAUGAUGACUUUACCACCCCAGAAGGAGAUGUGGAAAACAGUGUGUCAUCCUUUGCUGCGAAAUUCACAACAGAGCACUGUACUCUACCUAGAGGUGCUCCACCUGACCAGUGCACCACAUACACCCAGAGGAGACAGUACGCAGAGACUGUGUGCUCCGUCAUACACAGCCCCAUCUUUCAGGAAUGUCACGACGUGGUGGAGAGGGAGCCCUAUUUCCGUCUCUGUCUGUCAGAGGUUUGCGGCUGCCUUCCCCAGGGAGCAUGUCACUGCACCAUCCUCACAGCCUACGCCCGACACUGUGCUCAGGAGGGCAUUGCCAUCCACUGGCGCAACCAGACUUUCUGUCCGGUCCAGUGUUUGGGGGGUCAGGUGUACCAGGAAUGUGGUCGUGCCUGUGGUGGAUCCUGUUCAAAGAGCUGGAAGUGUGACGAUAGUGAUGGCGGAACGGGCCUUAGGUCAUGUGUUCCAGGUUGCCAGUGUCCACCAGGUCUUGUGCAGGACCACCAAGGCCAGUGUAUUCCCAUCACUAUGUGUCCAUGUGUACAAGGAGACAAGACAUACCCGCCUGGUGCUGUUAUUCAGAACAACUGUAAUACCUGUGUGUGUGAGCAGGGACGAUUUAACUGUACUCAGGAACGCUGUGAGGAGGUGAACCAGUGUCCAGGCUCUCUAGUCUACUCUCCACGCUCCUGUCUCCUCUCGUGCUCCAGCCUGGACCCUCCUGGCCAACAGCAAGGAUCCAAUGUCGCAUGGUCGAGCUGCAGAGAGCCCCUGUCUGGCUGUGUCUGUCCCCAGGGAACUGUGCUACUAGGAGAUCGCUGUGUUCCACCAGAUGAGUGCCCAUGCCACCAUAAUGGUCGACUUUACUACAGCAACGACACCAUCAUUAAAGACUGCAACACAUGUGUGUGUAAGGAGCGCCGUUGGCACUGCACCCAGUCCACCUGUGCAGGUGUGUGCGUGGCAACUGGUGACCCCCACUAUGUGACGUUUGAUGGCCGCUGUUACUCUUUCCUGGGUGACUGCCAGUACGUGUUGGCAAGGGAGACCAGUGGUUUGUUCAGUAUCACAGCAGAGAAUGUGCCCUGCGGGAGCACUGGGGUCACCUGUACAAAGUCAGUAACCCUCAGCCUGGGAAAUACUGUCAUACAUCUGCUGAGAGGUAAAGCCGUGACAGUAAAUGGGAUGCCGGUUAGUCUUCCAAAGUCUUACAGUGGCAGUGGUCUAACCUUGGAAAGAGUCGGCCUGUUUGUCUCCCUUUCCUCCCGACUGGGGGUCACUCUGCUAUGGGAUGGAGGUAUGCGUGUGUAUGUCCGUCUGGCGGCGCACAUGCGGGGUCGAGUCGGUGGCCUGUGUGGUAACUUUGAUGGAGACGCAGAGAAUGACUUUACUACACGACAGGGCAUUGUGGAGUCAACGCCUGAGCUGUUUGGAAACUCCUGGAAGGUCAGCCCAUCCUGUCCUGACGUGGCAGACCAGGACCUCCGAGACCCCUGUUCUCUGAACACCCACAGGGUGACCUGGGCCAGGAAAAGGUGUGCAAUCUUGACUCAGGAGCUCUUCUCUCAGUGCCACCCUGAGGUGCCCUUUCAGCAGUACUAUGACUGGUGUGUCUUUGACGCUUGUGGCUGUGACUCAGGCGGCGACUGUGAGUGUCUAUGUACAGCCAUUGCUGCCUACGCUGAAGAGUGCAACCGGCGAGGGGUCUACAUCCGCUGGAGGUCCCAGGAGCUCUGUCCUCUGCAGUGCGAGAAUGGUCUAGUGUAUGAACCUUGUGGGCCAGCUUGCUCGCCCUCAUGUCCCAGUGUCAAGCAAAGUCCACUCUCCCAGUGUGGCGUGCUCUCCUGUGUGGAGGGCUGCUUCUGCCCUGCAGGCACAGUUCUACACGGGGAGAGCUGUGUAGUUCCCAGUCAGUGCCCAUGUGAGUGGGAAGGCUCCAUUUUUCCACCAGGAGCUACCAUCACUCAACACUGCCAGAACUGUUCCUGUGAGGAUGGUGUGUGGCAGUGUGAGGGUGUGGCUUGCCCUCCGCCCUCACCCCCCUGUCUGGAAACAGAGUUUACCUGUGCUGGUGGCCGCUGCAUCCCCUCCCAGUGGGCGUGUGACAACGAGGAUGACUGUGGCGAUGGCUCAGAUGAAGUCUGCCCGUCCACCUGCUCUCCAGACCAAUUCCGCUGUGGCAGCAUGCCAAGUGGACCAUGUUUGAACCUGGCUCUGCGUUGUGAUGGCCACCCAGACUGUGCUGACCAAUCAGAUGAGGAGUUCUGUGGACCCGCCUCUCCCGUGCCCCUGUGCCCACCGGGGGAGUUUCAAUGUGCCAGUGGAAAGUGCCUGCCAGCCAGCCGUGUGUGUGACGGACGGCCGGACUGUGGUUUUGCUGAUGGGUCCGAUGAGCAAGACUGUGGUGUGGUGUGUGAUGAAGGGGAAUUCCUGUGUGCUGGAGGACGUUGCAUUCUCUACCUCCACCGCUGUGAUGGGCAUGAUGACUGUGGCGAUCUCAGUGAUGAGAGGGGGUGUGUGUGUGCACCAGGGGAGUUUCAGUGCCCUGGGGACCAGUGUGUCCCUGCAGACAGAGUGUGUGACGGGCACAGAGACUGCCCCUCUGGAACAGACGAAGCUGUUUGUCCAAGUAAAGUGACCUGUGCUCCUGAUCAGUUUGCCUGUAGUGAUGGUGCAUGUGUUGCCACCACCAAGUUGUGUGAUGGAACCCCAGACUGUUCAGGCGGAGAGGAUGAGAGCACAACCAAUUGCUACGCCGUUAUCCAAACACCGUCACCCUCACCUGUCACCCCGACCACGCCCACUUCAGCUUGCAGGUCCUAUGAGUUCAGCUGUGCCACUGGUGGGCAGUGUGUGCCUCAGGCCUGGCUUUGCGAUGGAGAAACUGACUGUCUGGAUGGUAGUGAUGAGCAGCAGUGUGUCGCCCCCUGUGGUCCUGGCCAGGUGCCCUGCCUCAGUGGGGACCAGUGUGUGGACUACCAGCAGCUCUGUGACGGGACAUCGCACUGCAGGGACGCCUCGGACGAGAGUAUCGACAACUGUGGCUCUACUCGGAUACCUCCUUGUCCAGGCAGUUUCCCAUGUGACAACCGCACCUGUGUUAAUAUGUCGCAAGUGUGCAACGGUAUACCGGACUGUCCACGGGGCGAUGAUGAGUUGGUGUGUGAUAAAACUGUCUCACCAGUGCCUCCUGGGGAUAGGAACACCACUGUCACCUGCCCCGAAUUCACAUGUAUGGAUGGUUCCUGUAUCCCCUUUAACACAGUGUGUAAUGGUGUGAUUGACUGCCCAGACUCCUCACUAGCACCUCUUGGUAGCCCCACUGAUGAGUUGGGCUGUAGAAGCUGGGGCUCCUGGGGUCCAUGGAGUCCCUGCAGCACCUCCUGUGGUACGGGCUCCAUGGGUCGGCAGAGAACCUGUCCUCCAGGAGACCCACUCCGUCACUGUCGGGGACCAGACAUCCAGAGGCAGCAAUGCUUCAACACCACCUGCCCUGUGGAUGGUCAGUGGUUGCCAUGGGUCAGCUGGUCGAAUUGUUCCACCAGUUGCGGUGGAGUGCAGGUCAGACAUAGAGGCUGCAUCCCUCCCCGCUAUGGAGGUCGAGACUGUUCCCAGCUCCCGGGACCAUCCAAUCUAUCUAUGGAAAUCAAGCCUUGUCCUGAUGAUGGAUGUGCCAACACCAGCUGUCCCACAGGGCUGGUGAGACACAGCUGUGCUCCCUGUCCAAUGUCCUGUGCCCACAUCAGUAGUGGGAUCACCUGUAAUACACCAACAGCACCCUGCUCCUCAGGGUGUUGGUGUCCAGAGGGCCAGGUGAUGACCCAUAUGCAGCAAUGUGUGCUUCCAGAGGAGUGUGUAUGUGAGGUGGCAGGUGUGCGGUACUGGCCGGGCCAGCAGAUAAAGGUGGACUGUGAGGUUUGUGUUUGCGAGAGAGGAAGGCCUCAAAGAUGCCAGCCUAACCCAGACUGCUCAGUGCACUGCGGCUGGUCAUCGUGGUCUGAGUGGGGAGAGUGUUUGGGUCCCUGCGGUGUUCAGAGUGUUCAGUGGUCGUUCCGCAGCCCAAACAGUCCAACCAAGCAUGGAGAUGGGAGAUCAUGUCGAGGAAUUUACAGAAAAGCCCGCCGGUGUCAGACAGACCCCUGUGAUGAGUGUGAAUACCAGGGUCUGUCCCAUACUGUGGGAGACAGAUGGAGGUCAGACCACUGCCAGUUAUGCUCUUGUCUACCUAACCUCACAGUACAGUGUUCCCCCUACUGUCCAUAUGCUGUCACCGGGUGCCCACAGGGCCAAAAUCUGGUGCCUGGAGAGGGAGACAGGUGUUGUUACUGCCAAGGAGGAAAUGACACAGUCCUUGUGACAUCUAGCCCUGUCACUGUGACCUCCAAGCCAACAGAUGGCACUACACCUCUGGUUCCCACAUAUCCACUUCCUCCUGGAGAUCAGUGUUGGUCUCCUCUGGGUGUUCAGUUUCUCCCAGCUUCCAGUUUCAGUGCCUCGUCACAGCAAGCUGGUCAUCCCCCUGAAGCAGGUCGCCUCCAUGGGUGGGAUGCCCAUAGAGACCUCCAGGGCUGGAGUCCAGAACCUGAGGAGUAUAAGGACCUGCCACAGCGGAGCCCUGAGGGACACAGUAGCAACACACAGAGUCCCUACCUACAGAUAGACCUGCUGAAAACAUACAACAUCACUGGUGUACUAACCCAGGGCGGUGGUGUGUUUGGUACCUUCGUGUCCAGCUUCUACCUGCAGUUCAGUCAGGAUGGCAGGCAGUGGUACACUUACAAAGAGCUUGUCACUGAUGCCCGGCCCAGAGCCAAGGUUUUUCAGGGUAACAGAGAUGAUCAAGGGGUAUCAGAGAGCCGACUGGACAGGAUGGUGUCGGCUCAGUUUGUCCGCCUACUGCCACAUGACUUCCAGAAUGGCAUCUACCUUCGACUUGAGAUCAUGGGUUGCGGAGAUGGUUACCACUGGUUGACUACCACCACUUCCCCCUCCCCGGUCUCUCCAGUCUUUGGCUGCAGAGACAAGGAGUUCCACUGUGAAAAUGGUCGCUGUGUACCAGCGGGUCCACAGGGAGUUGUCUGUGAUGGGGUCAAUGACUGUGGAGAUGGAUCAGAUGAGAUAUACUGUGGCACGCAGCCGUCCCCUACACCCACCAGUCCACGCAGCUGCCCUGCAGGUCAGUUCUCCUGUCCCUCACCAGGGGGCUGCAUUGAAGCAGAGCUUCGUUGUGAUGGAAUCCCCCACUGCCCCAAAGGAGAGGAUGAAAUAGGCUGCCAUCCCCAUGACAACAUCACUACCCAGUCAGACAGACCAUACACACCCACUCCUGCUCCUCUUAGGACUCCAUCCAUGGCUGCUGUCACUCAUCCUUCAGUAACACCAACGGGUGGUGGCCCAGGAUAUCGUGGCAUAUGUUCCUCUCCCCUUGGACUGGAGGAUGGGAGGAUUCGAUAUGGUCAGCUGACGUCAUCCUCACAUCGCGAGAACAACCCCGCUGAUGCCGGACGACUAAACAUAGUCCCUAAUGUUCAGGUUAUGGAGCCUGGAUGGAGCCCCUUGCCUUCAGAUCCCCAGCCAUAUUUUCAGGUGGACUUCCUGGAGCCCACUUGGGUAUCAGGGGUGGUGAUGCAAGGCAGCGGCCGCAUGUGGGGUUACCUUACCAAAUACCGCCUGGCCUUCGCUCUCCACAGCAGCCUCUUCACAGACUAUACUGAGGAUGGGAAGCCAGAUGGCCCUGCAAAGGUGUUUGAGGUGCGAAUGGUGGGUAGGACCCCUGUGACCCGCUGGCUCAGUCGGCUGGUCAGAGCUCGGUACCUGCGCAUCAUCCCUGUAGAGUUCAGACAUACCUUCUACCUGCGUGUGGAGAUCCUGGGCUGCAGAGGAGAUGAGCUGCUGACGCCCAGCAGUGUGACCACAUCUCCCUCUAGUGGUGGGAAAGUGACUGUACAGCGCUGUAAGCCAGGCCAGUUUGCAUGCCAGCAUAGUGAAGAGUGUGUCUCUGCCUCUGUGCUUUGUGAUGGUCGACCAGACUGCAAGGACCACUCUGACGAGAUCAACUGUGGUACGGCUCCAACGAGGGGCUUUCCAGGGCUGCAGAACCAGACCCGGCCCACAGGGAGACCAGGUUUCCACAGUACAACAGGUGCUCCAGGCCUUCAUACCACCAGAUCCCAAGGUGGCCUUCCUGGUGUGGCUAGCCCAGGGGUCACUGGUCAACCUGGACUACAGGAGACUCCAACAGCAAGUGCAGGCCAUUGGACCACCAGACCAUCCAUCUAUCCAGGAGUCACCACAGGUCAACCUGGACUGCAUCUCUCCACAACACUCCAUUCUGGAAGACCUGGGUUGCAAACCACAAAAGCCACUUGGGUUGCUACAACUCCCCAUGAUGGUGGCCUACCCAGAGUACUUUGCGUGGAAGGCCAGUUUGCAUGCCGGUCAUUUGGCUGUGUUGACUCGGCCCAGGUGUGCGAUGGCAGAAAGGACUGUUUGGAUGGGUCAGAUGAAGAAAGAUGUGGCACCACAGCCAGACCAGCAGUGACCCCUCAGGGCCCACUGGUUCCCAGUCCAUGCUCUCCUAAGCAGUUCUCUUGUGCCAGCGGGGAGUGCGUUCACCUGGACCGCAGAUGUGACCUGCAGAAGGACUGCGUGGAUGGAUCGGAUGAGAAAGACUGUGUGGACUGCAUCAUGUCCUCAUGGACAGCGUGGAGUGCAUGCAGCGUGUCAUGUGGUCUGGGCUCUUUGUUUCGGCAGAGGGACAUCCUGAGGGAAGCUCUGCCGGGAGGGGCCUGUGGUGGAGCUCAGUUCGACAGCCGAGCCUGCUUCCCUCGAGCGUGUCCAGUUGACGGUCGCUGGUCGGAGUGGACAGAGUGGUCAGGGUGUGACGCUCACUGUGGAGGUGGUGUCAGGCAGAGGAACAGAACCUGCACUGCUCCUCCUCCCAAGAACGGUGGGCGGGACUGUGAGGGCAUGACCCUGCAGAGCCAGAGCUGCAAUAGCCAGCCCUGCACCAAAGACACCGCCACACAGACAGGCUGCAUCAAUGGUAUGGUUCUGGUGACUGAGUCAGACUGCCAGGCUGGGAGGGUAGAGGCCUGUCCUCCUACCUGCUCACAUCUCAGCUUGACCAGCAACUGCACUGGAGCAUGUAUACUCGGGUGUCGCUGUCCAAAUGGUCUGUACCUUCAGGGUGGGCGUUGUGUGAAUGCCAGCCAGUGUGUCUGUCUGUGGGAUGGACAAACACUGCAGCCAGGACAGACAGUCAGCAGGGACGAGUGUACCACAUGUGUGUGCAGAGAGGGACAAGUAACCUGUGACACCUCUGGUUGUGUGGACAAAUGUCAUUGGUCGGCCUGGUCUUCAUGGUCACCAUGUGAUGUAUCCUGUGGCCUGGGAUUACAACAGCGUUAUAGGUCCCCAGUGAACCCAGCUAGCUCAGGUAGUAUCCAGCUUUGUCCAGGAGACUCCUCGGAGGCCCGUCGCUGCUUCAGCUCUUGCCUCCCUGUGCUACCAGAUGGAGCCUGGAGUAAAUGGACCAGCUGGUCAGAGUGCAGCAAAACGUGUUUCAACCAUGUAGAUGAUGUUGGAAUCAGACAACGAUUCCGCAGUUGCAACCACACACUCACACCCUUCAAUCAGACACAGUUGGACUCUGCCUGCAGUGGAGACGACAAGGAGCAAGAGCCUUGUAACACUGUAUACUGUCCAGUGAAUGGCGGCUGGUCAGAGUGGUCACCUUGGUCUCAGUGUUCAUCAGAGUGUGACUCCGGUGUCCAAACCAGAGAGAGAUUCUGCAGUUCACCCUCCCCACAGCAUGGGGGCAACAGCUGCCCUGGGCCACACAUACAGACUAGAGACUGCAACUCCCAUCCCUGCUCAGGCGUGUGUCCAGAGGGCAUGGUCUACAUGACAGCGGCCGAGUGUGAGGCUCACGGCGGUGCAUGUCCACGGGUGUGUUUGGACAUGACCUCCACUGAGGUGCAGUGUGCCACCGCCUGUUAUGACGGCUGCUACUGCGCCCUGGGCUUCUACCUGCUCAAUGGCAGCUGUGUGCCCCUGGCACAGUGCCCAUGUUACCAUCAGGGGCAACUGCACCCAGCAGGCGCCACCCUUCCUGUUGAUGACUGCAAUAACUGUACCUGCAUUAAUGGAGAAAUGGAGUGUGGAACAGCUCCCUGUCCUGUGGACUGUGGCUGGAGCAGCUGGACUCAAUGGAGUGCGUGUAGUCGAACGUGUGAUGUCGGUGUGCGAAGGCGGUACCGUUCAGGAACAAAUCCUCCUCCAGCUUCUGGGGGUCGUCCCUGCAAAGGAGACAGAGUUGGGAUGGAUACCUGCAGCAUUGAACCGUGCUUUGGUGUAAAGGAGCCAUGGAGCGCGUGGUCAAAGUGCUCAGUGACGUGUGGAGGAGGUUACAGGACCCGAACCCGCGGGCCAAUCCGAAUCCACGGCACUGCUCAGCAAUUCAGCGCCUGUAACUUGCAGCCCUGUGGAGAUGGCAGGGUGUGUCCUCCAGGUCAGGAGUGGAAGCAGUGUGUGCAGGGAGCAGUGUCAUGUACAGACCUCACAAUGAACCUCAGCAGGAACUGCACGCCAGGCUGCCAGUGUCCACAAGGGACUGUCCAGCAGGAUGAUGUGUGUGUGCGGGAGUCUGACUGUCGCUGUGAUGUGGAUGGAAAGCAGUACAAACCAGGAGAUGUUGUGCUCACGGAAUGCAGCAACUGUACAUGUGAAACAGGGAGGCUGGUAAACUGCUCUCAAGUGAGCUGCAAUGUUGAUGGCCAGUGGUCGGUGUGGACUCCCUGGGGUCAGUGUUCAGUGUCGUGUGGAGCGGGUCUCCAGUCGCGCUACAGGUUCUGUUCCAACCCCCAGCGCUCUGGCAGUGGUCUGCCAUGUUUGGGACCUCACAGAGAGGACCAAGUCUGCAUCAACUCUCCAUGUGACCGUGACGGUGGCUGGGGUCAGUGGAGUAACUGGACGGAGUGUACCAAGUCAUGCGGUGGUGGGGUUCGAAGCCGAAGAAGAGAGUGUGACAGUCCCAGUCCACAGGGAGAGGGGAACUACUGUGAGGGGCUGGGGACUGAGGUCACAGGAUGUAACAGUGACCACUGUCCAGUACCACCAUGCUCACAGGUUCCAGGAACGGUGUUUAGCAGCUGUGGUCCCUCCUGCCCUCGCUCCUGUGAGGACCUGGCUCACUGUGAGUGGCAGUGUGAGCCAGGGUGCUACUGUACAGAGGGGAAGGUCCUGUCUGCUAAUGGGACAGUCUGCGUCGAGAGAGAAGACUGUCCCUGCCUGGACCUCAGCACCGGACGCAGGCUGGAACCAGGGGAGACCACUGAAGCCCCUGAUGGGUGUAACAACUGCACUUGUGCGGGUGGGAGACUCAACUGCUCCAGAGACCCCUGUCCAGUGUCAGGUGGCUGGUGUGAGUGGUCGGAGUGGACUCCUUGCUCCAGGACAUGUGGGGCAGAGUCGGUGUCCCGCUACAGGAGCUGCGGCUGUCCUGAACCCAAGGCUGGAGGGGCGGCCUGCCCCGGAGAGCAGGAAACACACAAUGGGGUUGGAGUUCAAAUCCAGAGACAGGCCUGUCCUGUCAUCACUUUUUGUCCAGUCCAUGGUUCCUGGAGUCCCUGGUCAGCGUGGUCGGAGUGUGAUGGGUGCUCUGGGUCGUCCACUCGCACCAGAGAGUGUAACAGUCCUCCCACCCGAUUUGGCGGCCUGCCCUGUCUUGGAGAGAGCAGGCAAAAGCGUGGUUGCCAUGACAACGUCACCAUCUGCACAGACUGUGGUGGAGGUCAAGAAGAAUGGCCCUGUGGAAAGCUCUGUCCUCGCUCCUGUUCAGAUCUCCAUGGUGACACGGAGUGCUUGGACUCCCCCGGGUGCAGACAGACCUGCGGUUGUCCGGGUGACAUGGUUCUGCAGGACGGAGUGUGUGUGACUAGAGAGGAGUGUCGCUGCAAAUACCACAACAGCUCUGCUGCCGCGAAGCCGUUAAGCAGGCCAGACUCUAGCAAUGCAUCAUGGGUAUGGCCUGAUGGAUCUGAUUGGCAGUUUGCAAAUCCAGGAGACAGCAUCAUCAGUGACUGCAAAAACUGUACAUGCGAGGCUGGUGUUCUGCAGUGUCAGUCAGUCCCUGGUUGCUACGUUGAUGGUGGUUGGAGCCAAUGGGGGGACUGGACUGAGUGCUCACUUCCUUGUGGAGGAGGAGUCAAGUUCAGGAGACGUCAGUGUGAUAACCCCUCCCCUCAGAGCGGUGGGAGAGGAUGCCUGGGAGUCGCUGAACAGCAAAAAGGCUGCAACAUACACCCAUGCACUGACUCAAUGACCCCUUGGCUCCCCUGGUCUCAGUGGUCUGUGUGUUCGGUCAGCUGUGGUGGAGGACAGCAGUCCCGCUCGCGCCUCUGCACUGCUCCACCCUGCAGCGGCCUCAGCCGCCAGAGCAAGACCUGCAACACCCAGGUCUGCCUCGAAGUGGGCUGCCCUCCUGGCAGGUUGUACAGGGAGUGUGAACGAGGUGAAGGCUGUCCAUUCAGCUGCGCCCAGGUCAGCGGCAGGGAGGGCUGCUAUUCUGAUGGCUGUGAGGAAGGCUGCCAUUGCCCGCCUCUCACCUACCAGCACAAUGGAGUCUGCUUGCAGGAGUGUCCAUGUCUGGUGGACAAAGAAUUUCUGGCCUCUCUGCAGAGUGUUUCUGUCACACCAGUUUCGUCUCUGUCCCUCCAUAACAUCUCUGAAGGGGUGGAACUUCAGUCUGGAGACACACUGGUUCAUGACUGCAGCACCUGCGGCUGUGAACAUGGCAGGUGGAACUGUUCCCUGGAGCAUUGCCCAGUUGACGGCGGCCUCUCAUCCUGGAGCUCCUGGAGCUCCUGCUCGCUGUCUUGUGGAGGUCUGGGACUGAAGACUCGCACUAGGAGCUGCGCACAGCCUGCCCCGACCCACGGAGGGAGAGACUGCCAGGGGCCACGGCAGGAAACCACCUACUGCCAGGCCCCUGAUUGCCCAGUUAUUGUUGGUCCUACAGAGGAACCAAUUUUACCAGAUGAGGACGCUGGCUUCUCUUCCUGGUCGUCAUGGAGUCCAUGCACUAAGACCUGCACUAAUACUCAUAGCCCUGCCAAAAAGUCCCGCCAGCGACAGUGCGUCAAGCCCCCCUGCUCUGGAAACCCUCGCCAAGAGAAGGCCUGUAACCUUCCCCAGUGUCCAGAUGAAGGAGAGGUAUGUGUAGGGGCUGACUGUGCACACAGGAACUGUUCGUGGACAGAGUGGGGGGUGUGGGGCUCCUGUUCACGGUCCUGCGGAGUGGGUCAGCAGCAGAGGAUCCGAACCUUCCUCAGUCCUGGGACCAACGGCUCAUGGUGUGAAGACAUCUUAGGAGGAAACGUGGACCAUCGCUUCUGUAACAUCAGACCCUGCAGAGUGGAUGGAGGUUGGUCUCGUUGGAGUCCCUGGUCUCGCUGCGAUAAACGCUGCGGUGGCGGACGCUCCAUACGCACUCGCUCCUGCUCCAGCCCUCCUCCCAAGAAUGGAGGGAAGAAGUGUGAAGGAGAGAAGAACCAGGUCAAACCAUGCAACACCAAACCCUGCGAUGAGAAGGGAUGCCCGCCGGGCCAGGAGUUCGUGCCGUGUGCCAACCAGUGCCCACAGCGGUGCUCAGACCUCCAGCAGGGCAUAGAGUGCCAGGGAAACACUGAAUGUCAGCCCGGCUGUCGCUGCCCUAAAGGCCAGUUGCAGCAGGACGGAGUGUGUGUGCAGCUGUGGCAGUGUGACUGUGUGGACUCACUGGGGCAGAUUUGGGCAGCCGGCAGCUCGCAUCAGGUGGAUUGUAACAACUGCACCUGCUCUGAUGGACAGCUCCUGUGCACCAAUCGCAGCUGCCAGGCCUCCUGCGUAUGGAGCUCCUGGUCCAGUUGGGCGUCGUGCAGCGUUUCUUGUGGGCGGGGCCAGAGAACCAGAUACAGAUCUCUGAUCCCAGAGACUGAUGGAACAGAUUGCCAGUUUGAGGAAGUCCAGCAUAAAUCCUGCGACCCAGGACCCUGCCCACCUCUGUGUCUCCAUGACGACCGGGAGCUCAGUGUGGGAGACACCUGGCUGCAGGGCGAGUGCAAACAAUGCACAUGCACCCCAGAGGGAGACUACUGCCAAGACAUAGACUGUAGAGUGGAUGGUGGCUGGACCCCUUGGUCAGUGUGGUCUGACUGCUCAGUGACCUGUGGUCGGGGCACACAGGUUCGAACCCACGCCUGCAUUAACCCGCCUCCACGUAACAACGGGUCUCACUGCAGCGGGCCACAGAGAGAGACACAGGACUGUCACACUCCUCCCUGUCUGGAUGACCUUUGCCCCUGGUCGCCAUGGUCACCAUGUUCCCGAAGCUGCGGCGCAGGCUCUGUGUCGCGGCACAGGGUGUGUGCGUGUGAGGAGGGAGGAGACGCGGCGUGUCCCGCUGAGAUCGAGGCUGAGAGGAACAGAGAGGAGACCCAGUUGUGUUACAAACAGCCCUGUCCAGGAUGUCCAAUGUCAGAAUGGAGCGUUUGGUCUGAGUGCUCCUGUGUGUCUCAGAGGCAGCAGCGCUACCGUGUAGCUCUGUCCCCGGCCACCAGGGGACAACAGUGCACUCCGGUUCAAACACAGAGCAGGACAUGCAGUCUCAGUCACUGUGGCGACUGUGAAGCUCCAUUUGUGUACUCAGCUUGUGGCACGCCGUGUGAGAAGCAGUGUGCACUACAGGGCCAUGGAGGUCUGUGUUUAGGUGUCAGGGAGUGCACACCUGGCUGCUACUGCCCACAGGGCCUGCUGCAGCAGAAUGGUAGCUGUGUUCCUCCAGAAGAGUGUGGCUGCGUCCACCUGCAGCACCAAGCCUCAGGACAACCACCCACACCUGUCACUGUCCCUCAGGGGGCCACUGUCACCAUAGGCUGCAGCACCUGCCUUUGCCAUGAUGGAGCUUUGCAGUGUGACAUGAGAGAGUGUGAAGUCAUCCUCAGCGAGUGGUCAGAGUGGACUCCGUGUUCUCCCUGUUUACCCUCUGCCUCCUUGCAGCAUAACGACUCCCGGGCAGGAGUCAUUGGCAGGAAGCUGGUGUCAAUCCAAAGACGUUUCCGUGCCUGUCUGGACCUGGAUUCUGGUCUUCCGGUCUCUAGGGAUGAGGAGGAGAGCCAGUGUCCGGGACCACUGCAAGAGGAGAGGCUCUGUCCAGAUGCGAACAUCUGCAGAGAUUUGUGUCAGUGGAGCGUGUGGAGUGUCUGGACAGCUUGUGCAGACCCAUGUAGUGGUGGAGUCAGGCAACGCUACAGACAGCCCCUGGCCUCGCCUCCAGGACCCCGCUGUAAAAGCCAACAAACACAGAGCCAGAGCUGCAACACUGGAUUGUGCCCAGGUGAGCGCUGUGAGGACAGGGGGAAGACCUACCAAGACAGCUGUGCCAAUCAGUGUCCUCGCAGCUGCACUGACUUAUGGGAGCAUGUACAAUGUCUCCAAGGAGCCUGUCAUCCAGGUUGUCGCUGUCCAGAGGGACAGUUGUUGCAGGAUGGUCACUGUGUGUCUGUGACAGAGUGUCGCUGUGGUGUCCCAUCAGGCAACGGGACACUGGAGUUCAUCCCUAAAGAGGAGCUUUCCGUAGACUGUAACACCUGUGUGUGUGAGAACGGCACUUUGGUGUGCACUAAGCUUCCCUGCCCGGUGUAUGAGCCCUGGAGCCCCUGGAGCUCCUGCUCAGCCACCUGUGGGCGUGGCCACAGGAUAAGGACGCGUCUCUGCCAGGACACAGAGGGCGGACCUUCCUGUGCAGACACCAAGCGGACAGAGAGCUGUGAUAUGCCACCCUGCCCAGUGGGAUGUUCGUUGAGCGAGUGGUCACCCUGGAGUGAGUGCAGCGCCACAUGCGGUGGCGGGUUGUCAACGCGAAACAAAACCGUCCUUAGAGAGCCCGAGACUGGUGGGACGGCUUGUGUUGGACCACUUGAACAACAUACUGUCUGUAACACCAACAGCUGCUUGCCUGAAUGUCCCCGUGGGCAGGUGUUUAGUGACUGUUCAGGUUCCUGUCCUUAUGUCUGUGAGGACCUGUGGCCACACACUCAGUGUUUACCUGGACCCUGCACCCCUGGGUGCGCCUGCCCUCCUGGACAGGUGAUGCAUGAAGGCUCCUGUGUGUCUCACUCUGACUGUCCCUGUUCACAACUGUCCCUGCCGGCUGGUUACCCAAAGUGGAAUAUUAGCGCUGAGGAAGUCACGGAAGCUCUGCUGCCCCCUGGAACAGCCGUUCAGCACCUCUGCAACACAUGUGUCUGCCAAGGAGGAGUGUUCAACUGUACCUCUGAUCUCUGUGAUGUGGACUGUGUGUGGUCCAGCUGGUCCCAGUGGAGUCCGUGCUCAGCCAGCUGUGGCUCGGGCCGACAGAGCUCCACCAGAAUCAUUCUGGAGUCCAGCCAGUAUGGAGGGGCUCCAUGUGAGGGCCCUGACCACCGCACCAUGACCUGCAUGGCCCCUGACUGUGCGUGUCCCGUCGGGGAGCAGUGGAAGAGGAGCGAGCCCGAGCAGACCCCGCUGUGCGAGAGAAGCUGCCACGAUAUUUACUCCUCUCCUGUCAACUGCAGCCGCUCAGUCGAGGGCUGUGUCUGUCAGGAGGGGAUGUACCGAAACAUGCAGGGUGUGUGUGUCAUCCCCGCCCUCUGCCCCUGCCAUGACCAGGGUAUCCUGUGGGAGGCAGGAUCAGAGUGGGUGGAGGGCUGCCUGACAUGUCGCUGUGUGAACGGGAAAAAAUUGUGCCAGUUAAGAUGUCCACCACUCCACUGUGAUGAGGGGGAGAUCAAAGUGGAAGAACCAGGCAGUUGCUGUCCAGUGUGCAGAAAGCAGUUUCCAGGUGAGCCUGUGCAGGAGUGUCGUCGCUACGUGCAAGUCAGGAACAUCACCAAGGGAGACUGUCGGCUUGACAACGUGGAGGUCAGCUUCUGCAGGGGACGCUGUCUGUCCAGGACUGAUGUCAUCCUGGAGGAGCCCUACCUCCAGUCGGUUUGCGAGUGCUGUAGUUACCGUUUGGACCCUGACAACCCGGUCCGUUUCCUCAACCUGCAGUGUGAAAGCGGACAGAGCGAGCCGGUCGUCCUGCCAGUCAUACACAGCUGUGAAUGCACCAGCUGCCAAGGAGGCGACCUGUCCAGACGCUGAGCGAGUAUGUUGAGUGUGCCCGUGAGCUGAGUGUGUGCGAGUGUGAACGUGUGUCUUCACUAGAGAGGACGAGAGCAGGACGAGUACGAACGGACAGUCAAGUGAGGGCGCCGCGCUGUGAGAGCCAGCCGGGUGAUGGAUGGAGAAUUUUGGAAUGGACAGAUCAGCUGAUGAGUGGAAAAAUGAAUGUCCUCAGACCUUGCUGAUUGUUCUGUAGUCCUUAGUCAUCAUAUGACUUUAUUCCACUGCUGUUUUCUACUGUAUAUUUAAAGUGAUGUUAAAAGACUCAUGAUACAAUCCAGGCAAAGCCUAUUCUGCUUUAAAAUGUGUUCGAUUUGUAUGUUCAAAGAAAAUGUACCAGCCGUGUUCUUUGCAGUUUACAGUGUAGUUCCUGUGGACUGCUCAAUAAACACUUGUUCCACAUGGAGAA